CUGCCAUUAGUCUAGUUUAGUAAUGCUGCUGGUCGACCAAGCAUGUUCACUCUGUUGGUGUGUUGACGUGAGUUCCCCUCGAAGUUCCCGGGAGCAGCGCACAGAACCACACCACCACCAUGCCUGAGGGUCCAGAGUUACACUUGGCCAGUCUGUUUGUCAACAGGAUGUGUGGGGGAGUGGUCUUCACCGGCCCAGUACAAAAAUCAGAGGUCAGUAAGAACCCUGAGGUCUCCUUCUCCUGUCCAGCCUACACCAUCAUCGCCACCUCCAGAGGCAAGGAGGUCCGCCUCACUCUAACCCCCCAGAAGAGUGACUCUGCCCAGGGGAGAUGCAGGCGGGGGAAGACAGGUCAGGUCAACCAGGUCCAGACCAUGGACAUUGUCUUCCGUUUCGGAAUGUCUGGAUUCUUCCGUUUCACCACGGAGGCGGAGCUUCCUAAACAUUCCCACCUGCGGUUCUACACCAAUGAGAAGCCCUGUAGGGUUCUGAGCUUUGUGGACACACGCCGCUUUGGCACCUGGCAACCCAACGGGACCUGGCAACUCAACCGAGGGCCCUGUAUCAUGUUUGAGUACCUGAGCUACAGGGAGAACGUCCUUUCCCACCUGUCCGACAGAGCGUUCGACCGGCCCAUCUGUGAGGUUCUGUUGAACCAGAAGUACUUUAACGGCAUUGGCAACUACCUGAGAGCUGAGAUCCUCUUUAGAUUAAACAUCCCUCCCUUUGUGAAGGCUCGGACGGUUCUGGAAGGACUUCAAACACAUCUGUCUGACGAGGACCGGAAGUCCGUUGUUAAAGUGGAGGACACCGAGGUCAAAGAGGAGGUCACCAACACCGAGGUCAAAGAGGAGGUCACCGACAGAGAAGUCAAAGAGGAGGUCACCAACACCGAAGUCAAAGAGGAGGUCACCAACACCGAGGUCAAAGAGGAGGUCACCAACACCGAGGUCAAAGAGGAGGUCACCAACACCGAGGUCACCGACAGAGAAAUCUCAGACAGAGCUGCUGUGAAGGAGGAUGAGAGUGAGACUCCAGACCUGCUCCGUCUCUGUCACACAGUACCUCUGGAGGUCAUCAAGUUAGGUGGUAAAGGUUACGACCCAGAGAACAUGGACUACACUGACUUUAAAUCGUGGCUCCAGUGUUACUAUGUGGAGGGGAUGAAGUCUGUAAGAGAUCACAACGGCAGAACUAUGUGGUUCAAGGGAGAUCCAGGUCCCAUGGCUCCUAAAGAUGCCAAAACAAAGAUGAAGGUGAAGAAAGAGGAUGACCAUGAUUAUAAAGGGGGAAAAAAGGUAAAGAAGGCCCACUCUGAGAGCACGACGAAGCCAAAAUACAUACAGGAAACGGUGCAGGAAAAGGAAGUUCCUCAGAGACGGACAGGAAGGAGGAAGUAAACAUGACCUCAGCAGAAGAGCACCAGUACAGAGUCCAGUGAGAUGAGAAGCUUUUUUGAUAAUUUGUCAUGAUCUAUGAAUCCUCCGUGUUCCAGCCCCACAGACGUGGAGUGGGACCGGAAGAAUAUUGUCCAUUUUCAUGCAGGAAACCAAAAAUUAUAUAUAUUUUUUUUGCUUUCAAUCCAGAAGCUGCUAGGUUAGAACAAGCAAGUAGCUGUAGGAACAGAGCUAUUACUGAACGGGGCCAUUUAAACAAUAAAAGUGUCUAUGAUAUGUGUUCUAUGCAAGAGAAAUCCCCUUUUUGUACCAUGUAAUAAACAACAUUUGAUAUCA